GUACCGGCAUAUGAUGGGAUCACAUGGGGCAUACCGUCAAUGCCGCUGCGCUGCUUCGCCUGCUGGUCUUCUGUUCACAGGCGAAUGGCGGAGGAGAGGUGCAUGGAAAAGGCACCGGAGGCAGCCAAUCCUUCUCCGCUGUAUUUGGCCGCGUGGCCGACGGGUAACGCAUCACCGAUACGGCGAUAGGCGUCGUUGCCCUCAGCCGUCAGGGCCCCACGGUAACCUUCACGCACGGACCGACGUUCACGUACAUAAACCCUCUGCCUGCCCCGCCGCCCGAGGAUGUACCUCGUCGACCCCUCCAGCCUCGCCCCGAACAUCUGGAGCAUGAUGCGGUCCGCCUUGCAGCUCAUCCAGCAUGGCCUCCUCUGCUUGACGGCGUUUCUUGCCUCGACAAGCACCUUCUCCAAUGGCGCAGCGGGCAUACAAGCGGCCUCCGCCCAGUACCUCUUGGGGCUCGGCAUAGGAGACAUUACGGGCCCAGUGGUGGAGACGAACAUGAUGGGAUACGCAAGUCUCUCGCAGGUGGACACGGGUCUGCAUAUGCGGCAGCGUAGCCGCGCAUUCAUCGUCGCCGAUGCGUCCAACUCAUCCAACCGCUUCGUUUUCAUCAACGCAGACAUCGCGAUGGGUGACACGGGCGUUCGCCGCUCCAUCGUCGCUGCCCUCUCUGCGCAGUACCCAGGGUUGUACACGAACGACAACAUCGCCCUCAGUUCGACGCACCAGCACAGUGGUGUCGGCGGAUACCUCGAGGACCUCCUUCCCCAGAUCACCGCACUCGGAUACGUAAAGGCGGCCGCGGACGCUAUCGUUGCUGGAACCGUGCUCGCCGUUCAGCGCGCUCACAACAGCCUCGCCCCUGGCAAACUCAGCCUGGGGAACACCUCAGUAGUCGAUGGGAACAGGAACCGCUCGCCGAGCGCGUAUCUCGCAAACCCCGCCGCCGAACGUGCGCAGUACGAGUUCGACCAGGACAAGGACCUCACGCUCCUGCGUUUCGAUGACGCGAGCGGGAGCGCGAGGGGCUUCUUGAGCUUCUACGCCGUCCACGGGACUAGCAUCUAUGAGAACAACACUCUGGUCAGCAGCGACAACAAGGGCAUGGCUGCGCACUUGUACGAAGCGUUGAUCGAGCCCAAUGCAAUGCCCGGCAACAACACGUUCGUUGCAGGAUUCGCCCAGUCAAACGUCGGAGACACCAGCCCGAACACCUUGGGCGCAUUUUGCGAGAGUCCCGGCGAGGCCUGGGACGGCCUCGCGUGCGACUUUGAGCAUUCGACGUGCGGAAACAAGACUGAAGACUGCCAUGGCCGUGGCCCCGGCUUCCGCAUCUCCGACUUCGAGUCGAACAAGAUCAUCGCACAGCACCAGGUCGACGGUGCGCAGACACUCAUGGGACAGACGCUCACCCCGGUCUCUGGCCCUGUGAAAUGGGUGCACACCUACAUGAACAUGUCAUUCCGCUCGUUCGCUCUCCCGAACGGAACGACAGUGCAGACCUGCCCACCCGCAAUGGGCUUCUCGUUCGCUGGCGGUACCACCGACGGCCCGGGAGCGUUCGACUUCAUUCAGGGCGAUAACUCGUCUACGCCGCAGAACCCGUUCUGGGAGGUCGUCAAAGGCGCGGUCACGCCUCAGCCCAACCAGCAGCAGAUUGACUGCCAAUUCCCGAAGCCGAUCUUGCUGAACACCGGUUUCGCGCACUUCCCGUACGAGUGGUCACCGAGUACGGUCGACAUCCAGAUGCUCCGCGUAGGACAGCUCGUCAUUCUCGCUAUCCCCGGCGAGCUCACGACCAUGUCCGGUCGCCGUAUCAGGCAGGCUGUGAGGGCCAAGUUGAUUUCGGAGGGCAUCGUGGGCGAUGACGCGUACGUCGUGAUCGCGGGCCCGGCGAACACAUACGCGCACUACGUCGCGACCCCAGAGGAGUACACCGUGCAGCGUUACGAGGGCGCGUCGACUAUCUUCGGAAAAUGGACCCUGGACUCGUACAUCGACAAGUACAGCAGCCUGGUCUCCUUCUUGUCCCCUAGCGCUACAGGCCAGCCGGCAUCCGACCCGGCGCCUCCGGAACAGACUUCGAAGGCUAUCUCCCUGCAGACUGGGGUAGUGUUCGACGCAGCCGGCAUCGGGCGCAACUUCGGCGACGUGCUGACAGAUGUGCGCACGUCGUCGCCGUACACCGCCGGGCAGGCGGUUAUCGCGACUUUUGUCGGUGCCAACCCGAGGAAUAACCUGCGCCUGGAACAGACAUUCUUGUCUGUCGACCAGCUUGUGAACGGCCAAUGGAAGGCUGUGCGGUCUGACUCGCACCCGUCAACGACGUACCAGUGGACAAGGACGAGCACCAUCAUUGGUACGAGCACGGUCAACAUCACCUGGGUCAUCGAGGACAACACGCCCUCCGGCACGUACCGUCUUACCUACUUCGGCGACAGCAAGCCUCUGAUCGGGGACAUCUCUCCCUUCGUCGGGCAUUCUUCCAACUUCACGCUCUCGUGAAGACCUCGCGCUCUUUUCCCUCUUUGGACUUUGUAUUCUCGACCACUGUAUACCCAUCGAUGUCACGUCUAUGAUGUUCAAUCCAUCCGCUGUGCAUCAGUGUAUC